AUGUCAUUAAGUGCAGAUGACACAUCAAGGGACCUUCCAGUGAAAGAUGUGGGCCUUACAGGAGGACCAAUGCCUGUCAUAAUGCAAGGUAAUGUUAGGUUGUGGAGGGGACCAUCUCAGGUGCUAAAAAUUCAGGAUCGUCAGCGUGUAUUUAAAGUGCCACGAGAGCAGCUUGAAGACCAAUUUCUCCGGUUACUGGAGGAGAACAGACUUCUUAAACAACACACUCGUAUACAAGAUCAAAAACUACGCAGGUUGUCCACAAAGCUGUUGAGCCUGAAGAAUGUAUGUCCUGGUUCAUCUGGGGGGCGAGAUGUCGAAACUGAAAAUACGAUCGAGGCCCUGGAGACUCGUGUGGUCACCCUGGAGAGCCAGAAGGAGACACUGAAGAGCAAACUAUGCUUAGCCAGAAAGCAGAUUCAAGCUCUGGAUGGAAAAACUUACCGGAGACAACACACUGGACGGGUUGUCCAAGGGGACGAAGAGAUAAGACAGGCAUCUCAAACAACCCUACCCCGCUAUGCACUCAGCUUCAUUGAGGACAACAGAGGAGACACUGAGAAACUGUAAGUGUUAAUGUUAAGAUCAUUUGCUAUUGAAGCACAGCAGAUGAGGGGUAAAGAACUUGAACUGACCUCUCAGUCCCUUAAAGAAGCUUCAAAGAAAGAAAUAGAAGAUACUAUCAAAAUGCUUCUCAGGCAGCAGGUCGAUAUGCACAGACUUACCAUAAAGGAUAACGUAGACGUGAUCAGACUUCAGAAGCAGCUAUGUGACAAUAGGACUGCACUUUUGGUCAGUCAGGAAAAGUUUACCAUGUUACAAGAGGCUUAUGAGACCCAGUUAAGUGAGGGACAAAAGUCAUUGCGGGAAAGCCAGACAGCCUUGCUUGAACAGGUGGGGCAGCUAACUGAGCAAAUAAAAGAUGAGAAGAAGAAAGUGUUGUCACUAGAGGGCCAGCUCAAUACUGCCAACCUCACACUGCAAGGCCUAGCAGAGCUUCAGGAGAGGAUCUCAGACCUUGAAGGUGAAAGGAAUCUCCUGAAGAAGAGCUAUGAUGCCCUUCUGACAAGCACUUUGUCUGACCAGAACCAGAACCAGCAAGGAGAACACACUGGUAAAGAAAAAGAAAGGGACAACCAGGUAGAUCAAGAGUGGGAAGCUAAAGUCUGUGUACUGGAGGAGAAAAUAGAAAAUGAAAAGAGACAGAUAGAAAAGCUGGAGCAGGAAAAUGUGAGAAUUAGAUACGAGUAUGAAAGGAGUCAAGAGGAAAGAGCAAAGGAACUGGCUCUGACUGCAGCUAUUAAAGAAAAAAAUGACAGACUGGAGCAGGAAGUGUUACAGCGUAUACAAGAAAUGACGUUUCUACAGGAGAAAUUAGACAAAGUGCCAAAAGGUUUUGAUAUGAGUGUGGAAGAAUUAAGUGAAACCCUGUUACAGAUUAAGACUUUCAGACUGCAGCAGCAGAGCUGUAAGGAGCUGCAGAGGCUGAGGGGUGGUGAGAAGAUUGAAGAUUCAUCUCAAGAGCUGUCUGCUCUACAGGCUUCACAUGCAGAAACAGUUCUUGAGCUGCAGAAAACUCGAGACCUACUGAUAAUGCAACAUCGGCUCAGCGGUGAUCUGCAGGCUGAGUUGAAGAUUGAGAUUGAGAAAGCGGAAAGGGAACGAGAAUUAAAUGGAAGACAGAUCACUAAAAAAGACAAACUUUUAAAUAGCAGGGCUCUUCAAAUCAACAACUUACAAGCUCAGCUAAAAGACUUGUCCUACAAUCCGAGAAAACAUUUAAUUCCAGAGCAGUACACAGGAAAUCUGAUAAACCAAGAAUUAUUCUACCAGAUGGAUGAAAACACACCCAGUCAGGUGCGGGAUGGAGAGUCCUUGCUUGAAAUCCAUCUAUCAGGAGUAACGUUCACUCCUGUAGGACUGAGACUUAUGAGACAGGAAAUUGGUCCAGAUGAGCUGGUGACGUUCUGUACCUACACCCUUUUUGACUUCGAGGUGCACUCCACCCCACUGGUCUCAGGGACGCAGCCCAACUACGGCUUCAAGUCUUGCUUUGCACUUUCUUGCUUUAACCUCGCCAGACUUGGUGGUCCAGGAGGGUUUGCACAUGUUGAACUACAUCAGGCUCUGGGAGGAGUGAAAUUUGUAACUCGGGGCAGAGGAAGGAUUCCACUUAUGGGGACACUACAGCACAGAGGACAGAAAGUGAAAGGAAGAGCGAGCAUUACAGGAUCCAAGGGGGAGAUAAUAGGGGUGCUGGAGUUCUGGGUCUGUCUGUACCCUCGGGAGGAGCCAAAAUCUGUUCAUGUAGAGCAAAUAACAGACAGAAAUAUAUCCAGGUGGCCUACACACCAAGCUGACUGGAGUUAUAAACAGCCAGAUACCCUACACUUAUAUGACUAUGGUGGUGGUAUACCAAAUGAGUUGGUGGUGGUAUUGGAACGCUGUUCGGGCCUUACUGCACGCUGGCCUGGGCUGCUUCCUGAUGCUUAUUUAGCUUAUCGCUUGUAUGAUCUACCUCCUCACUCCACUCCUAUAGUACCAUGCUGUGCAGACCCUGUGUUCGCAGACUCUACCACCUACCCGUUAGCAGUUACAGCAGAUCUGAUUGAAUACUUGAAAGUGAGCAGCCUUUGGGUGUAUAUGUUUGAUGAUAAUGAAAAGCAGGUCCCUUCUUUGUACCUGGCAAAGACAUCGGUGCCACUUCAGGUUCUAACAACCGGCAGACAAAUUAAAGGUGAUUUCGUCCUCAGGGAUCCUGCCGGGGUUCCAAGAGGCAUGGUCAGGGUGAAUCUCUAUUGGAGGUAUCCGUUCCAGUCACCCGAGGCUCCUUUCAGACCAGCACGAAAGGAAGAAGCAGAGAGAGAUAAAGAAAGGAUUGGAGAGUGUGAGGUCAAUACUGUGAAAGAAGUGUUGCAGAGGCCAGUUGCUAAGCCCAGGUCAAAAGUAAUGUCCAAGCUAAGCCUUCACAAAGAUGAAAAGGAGAAACAGCUCUCCCCUUCACCACCUAAAACUCACAGAUAUGAGGUAUCACAGCACCAUAAGUCGCCUGUAUCUAAAUCACAUGUACAGAUUCUGGACACACCAAACAUCUCAUCUGACUCUGAUCUUGCCUCAGUAAGAAGACAGAAUUUAAGAGCUAACGUGAGCAGUGAAAGUCUGGAGUCGUUUGAAUCUACAGCCUCAAGUGACAGUGAAGUUGUUAUUAUCCCUCAUUCUGCAAAACCCAUCAACAAAGUGGACAGAAUCAGAGUCGAGAUCUUAUCACUCUUGUUUCACCCCUCAUCAAGUGUCACUUUGGCUCGAUCAGUGCAGCAGGUCUAUGUGGAGUAUCGUCUGUUAGGCAUUUCCAUGAAAACCACAGAGACCCCAAUGUCCCUGAGGAAGCCAACAGAGGGAGAGGAGAUACAUUAUAACUUUAGCAGAGUUAUACAUAUAAACACCAUGGAUGCUGCUCCACUAAGGCAAUACCUCUACACAGUGCUUGAAGGAACUGAUCCCAACCAAGGCAGGCUAAAGUUCACCGUGGUCAGUGAGCCACUAAAUGAGGAAAACGAAUGUAAGGAUGUUGGCCAAGCCUACCUGGACCUUCGGGAACUCCUUCUGACAGGAAAUGAUGUAACUGAACGUCAAAUCAACAUUACCAGAAUGGAUGAUCAAGAAGUUGUGGGGAGGCUGAAAGUAUCUAUAGAGGCUGCUCAAGCUUUAAGGAGAAUCUACUUGGAAUACCACAACCAGACAGAGGAAGAGGACAAGGAGACAGAUGAAGAAUCAAAAUAA